CAAAAUAGGGGGCGCGAGCACGAGACGACUUCAAAAUGGCUGGUUUUGAUGAUCCGGGUGUGUAUUUCAGUGACUCUUUCUUCUCUGAUGACAGAAGUGAUGGCCAGCAGACUAGAUCUGGCUUUCAAAAGAAAUUCAAGGAGUUUAUUAAAACAUUUAUGGAUCAUCAAAACUGUUUUUGUUACAGGGAUCAGUUGAAGCAUCAUUACAACACAAAGAGAUACUGGCUCGAAGUUGAUCUUCAGGAUUUGGCAUCUUUUGAUUCUCAGUUAGCGACAAAACUGACAAAUGUACCAUCUGACUUCCUGCCUCUGUUUGAAGAUGCAGCAAAGGAAGCAGCCGAUGAGUUGACUCAGCCCCGCCCUAUUGGAGAGGAAAAAGUGCAAGAAAUCCAAAUAAUGUUAAAAUCAACUACCAAUCCAGUUCAGAUAAGGCAAUUGAAGUCUGAUCACAUGGCUCAUCUAGUUAAAGUCCCUGGUAUUGUUAUUAAUGCUUCUGCUAUAAGAGCUAAAGCAACUCAUAUUACUAUUCAAUGUCGUAAUUGUAAGAACUUUCAGUCCAACAUACCCAUACGUCCUGGAUUGGAAGGAUACGUACUACCAAGAAAAUGUUCAACGGAGCAAACUGGUCAAGUGAAAUGUUCAGUUGAUCCUUAUUUUAUUGUACCAGACAAAUGCAAGUGUGUUGAUUUUCAGACUCUUAAAUUGCAAGAGGCUCCAGAUGCUGUUCCUAAUGGCGAGUUGCCACGUCACCUCCAGUUGUAUUGUGAUAGAUAUUUGACUGAAUUUGUUGUUCCUGGUAAUAGAGUUACAGUUGUUGGGAUCUAUUCCAUAAGGAAAGGUGUUUCUAAUAAGAGUACACGUCAGACACGUGACAAUAAAGCUACUGUUGGUAUAAGGAAGCCAUAUCUUCGUGUAGUUGGUAUUGAGAUUGACUCUGAUGGUCUUGGUAGGAGCAGCCUAGAAACAUUACGACCCGAGGAACAAGAAGAGAUGAGGCAAUUAGCAGGACGCCCUGAUGUCUAUGAUAUCAUAGCAAAGUCAAUAGCACCUUCAAUCUAUGGAGGACUAGACAUCAAGAAAGCGUUGUCUUGCCUAUUGUUUGGAGGAUCAAGGAAGAGGCUGCCUGAUGGACUAACUAGACGUGGAGACAUUAAUGUAUUGUUAUUAGGUGACCCUGGGACUGCUAAGAGUCAACUCCUCAAGUUUGUUGAGAAAGUCUCUCCAAUUGGAGUUUAUACGUCUGGUAAGGGCAGUAGUGCUGCUGGACUUACUGCUUCAGUAUUGAGGGAUCCAUCUACUCGUGGCUUCAUAGUAGAAGGUGGAGCAAUGGUGCUAGCUGAUGGAGGUGUGGUCUGUAUUGAUGAAUUUGAUAAGAUGAGAGAAGAUGAUAGAGUUGCUAUCCACGAGGCAAUGGAACAGCAAACAAUAUCUUUAGCAAAAGCUGGGAUUACCACCACUCUUAAUUCAAGAUGUUCUGUUUUAGCUGCAGCUAAUUCUGUGUUUGGUCGAUGGGAUGAUAUUAAAGGAGAGGCUAACAUUGAUUUUAUGCCUACAAUUCUUUCACGUUUUGAUAUGAUCUUUAUCAUAAAAGAUGAGCAUGAUUUCACCAAGGACACUCGGUUAGCGAAACAUGUUAUGAAGGUUCAUUUGAAUGCAGUGACAGAGGAAGAGACUGAAGGAGAGUUGAGCUUAUCUUUCCUUAAGAAAUUCAUUGCAUUUUGCAAAGUUCAGUGUGGUCCUCGAUUGAGUGAAGCUGCUGCUGAUAAAUUAAAGAAUCAAUAUGUAAUGAUGAGAUCAGAAGCAAGACAACAUGAAAGAGAAAUAUCAAAGAAGAGCUCAAUUCCUAUAACAGUCAGGCAAUUGGAGGCCAUUGUUCGUAUUGCAGAGUCUUUAGCUAAAAUGUCUCUUGCUCCAUUUGCACUUGAGAGUCACAUUGAUGAGGCACUGAGGUUGUUUAAAGUAUCUACACUAGAUGCUGCCAUGUCUGGAUCUCUGUCUGGAGCUGAAGGAUUCACUAGUGCUUUCGAUCAAGAGGAAGUUCGUAAGAUUGAGCGUCAGUUAAAGACUCGGUUUCCGAUUGGUUCUUAUGUAUCUGAGCAACGUAUCUUGCAGGAUUUUGUCAAACAGAACUACUCAGAGAAAGCAAUAAAGACAGUACUACAGACACUGAUCAAGAGAGGGGAGCUGCAGCAUCGGUUCCAGCGCAAAGUCCUCUUACGCAUAAGAUAAUAAACACAUACAGCAAACUAACUCUAGGAACUAUGAACCAAUUUUUAAGAAGCAUAGGAUUUAUCUGGUAUCAAAAUUUUUUAUAAUUAAAAUAAUUUUACUACCAAA